AUUGAAGCCACUUAUUAUCUUACUGCAGCCACAGUUGACACAUAGGGUAAGGUGUCACAGCCAGCAUGGGGAACACCAAAAGUGGAGCCCUUUCGAAAGAAAUCCUUGAAGACUUAAAACUGAACACAAAGUAUUCAGAGGACGAGCUUUUCAACUGGUAUGAGAGUUUCAAGAAGCAAUGUCCAGAUGGCAAGAUAACACGGCCAGACUUUGAGAAGAUCUACGCCAAUUUCUUCCCCAAUUCAGACCCGAAAACGUAUGCCAGGCAUGUUUUCCGCAGCUUUGACACAAAUGAUGAUGGCACAUUGGACUUCCGAGAGUACAUCAUUGCACUUCAUCUAACCUCUUCUGGGAAAACCAGCCUCAAGCUAGAAUGGGCAUUUUCUUUGUUUGACGUGGACAGGAAUGGUGAAGUCAGCAAAGUUGAAGUACUUGAGAUUAUCACAGCUAUCUUUAGGAUGAUUCCUGCCUCAGAACAGAACAACCUCCCAGAAGAUGAAAAUACACCACAGAAGAGAGCCGACAAGCUAUGGGCUUAUUUCAAAAAGAAGGAUAAUGAUAAAAUUGCUGAGGGGGAGUUCAUUCAAGGCGUUAUGAUGAAUGAGGAAAUAAUGCGGCUUAUCCAAUAUGACCCUAAAGUAGCUAACAAGUCUUGAAGAAAGACAG